AUGGCGACUCAAGAUCCACACGUUAUCUCGCAGUUGGUGAAAGAGCUGGAAACUGCUCGCAAGGCGAAAAAAGGCGAGACAAAGUUCACCUGCAAAAAAAGCACCUUCGUGGUAGCCGGUACCAAUAAUGUGACCGUGGACUCAUGGAAGUUCAUGGACUGGGACUACAAACACGCCGGUCUGCCGACAUACGCCCGAGGUCUUUUUACCACCAAACGGAGAGAUGGCACUCCCGAAAUUGCGACGCGUGGAUAUGACAAGUUCUUCAAUGUAGGCGAGACAAAGACCACGGAAUGGCGCAACAUCGAGAAAAACACAAGGGGUCCUUACGAGCUGAGUGUGAAAGAGAAUGGAUGCAUUAUUUUCAUUUCUGCGUUAGAGGACGACACAUUGCUAGUCUGCAGCAAACACUCGACUGGAGCCCGCGAUGAUACAAAAUUGAGCCACGCACAGGCAGGAGAACGCUGGACAGAACGACAUGUCUCAUCCGUGAAUCGAUCUGUCAAGGACCUGGCCCGGACUCUGCGCAGGAUGAAUGUAACAGCUGUUGGAGAGCUCUGUGAUGAUAGCUUUGAGGAGCAUGUGCUGGCCUACGACGAGGCCUCUUCCGGCAUUUACAUCCACGGUCUCAAUUAUAACCAGCCCGAUUUUCAGACCAUGUCUUCUGAUGAGGUGCACAAGUUUGCGGACGACUGGGGCUUCAAGAAGGCAAAGUUCGAGGUCUUUGAUGAUAUCUUCAGGGUGCAGAGCUUCCUAGAAGGAUGCGCGGAGACAGGAACUUGGGAUGGACGUGAAACCGAGGGUUUCGUCAUUCGAUGCCAGCUGAGCGACAAGGGAACUGAGCCUUAUCGUCAUUGGUUCUUCAAGUACAAAUUCGAAGAGCCGUACUUGAUGUACCGUCAGUGGCGUGAAUGUACCAAAGCCGUCAUCGCAGGGAAACACCCUAAGAUCAGAAAGCACGAGCAGGUCACCGAAGAAUACUUGCAAUUUGCUCGACGGACUCUGAUGAAGAACUCUAAGAUGGCAACUGACUAUAUGAAUAAUCACGGUAUCAUCGCAUUGCGUGAGGCAUUCCUCAAGGAACGAGGAUUGAAUGGAUCCGAGCUUAUCGCUCUAGAGGCGAAGAAGCAGACCGAACCGCACGAGGUCAACAAAAAUGUCAUUCUCGAACCAAUUGCCUCGCUGGGAUGUGGAAAGACGACACUAGCCUUGGCUCUAGUUAAGCUCUUCGGAUGGGGACAUGUUCAGAACGACAACAUCCCCAAACAGAAGAACAAACCGAAAAAGUUCGCUUUCGAAGUCAGCCAUGCCCUAUCCGAACACAGCGUUGUCAUCGCCGAUCGUAACAACCAUCAACGGCGCGAACGCACUCAACUCAUGGACGAUAUCUACCCUGUGAUCCCGGAUGCGCAGUUCGUCGCUCUGCACUACGUCCACGAGCCCAAGAGAGACUUGCUCCCUGCCAUUCGCGAAGUAACUCGAAAGCGUGUGUUGGAGCGUGGCGACAAUCACCAAACCAUCCGGGCUGGCAGCAACGCCCAGGAAGAGAUCGUCGGAAUCAUGGAGGGAUUCCUCGGCCGUUUCGAAGGCGUUGAUAGCACUCGCGUGCCAGACAUGAACCUAGACCACGUCAUCGACCUCGACGUGUGCGCCUCGUCUCGCGAGAACCUCGAAACAGUCGUCAAAGCCCUCCACGCCGCCUACCCACGCCUGGUACCAACCAUGCCAACGGCAGCAGAACUUGACGAAGCCAUCGCCGCCUCCCUAGACGACUACACCGUGACAACAGACCUCAGCUACAGCUACAGUUCUACACCGAAGCAAAAGAACAAAAAUAAGACCCAAGAAACAGGUCGUCUCCUCCCCGAGCCAACAGACUCCCCCUUCUCCCCAGAAGCCCUCUCCAAAAAGAUCGAAUACUUCAACAUUUCCCUCCCAGCAAAGGAAAUAACCUCAAUCCUCCAAUCCCUCUUCCCACCAAAAUCAAACCCCGAAACAGCCCGUCUCUACAACCAACUCAUUCACUCCCGCCGUCUCCAACCCUCCUUCCACGUAACCCUCAUCCACCGCGCCUCGAAGAAAGACAACCCAGAAACCUGGAACUACCUGACAACCCGCUACAUCGACACCCAGACCAAGACUCCAGUCUCAAACCCAAUCCAGCACCCGCCGACCCUGGGCUCUGCGCGCGUGCGCAUCGAGCGUCUCGUCUGGGAUAACCGCAUCAUGGCCUUUGUCGCGCGCAUCUUGCCCGCCGAGGGCGCGGAGGCGGAGGGCGCUCAAGCAUCCGGUGCGGCCGAGUGGCCGUGUGCGAAUCCUAUUGCCCAUAUUACGGUCGGCACGGCGUCGCCAGAUGUCAAGCCGAAGGAGAGUAAUGAUUUGCUGCAGCGGUGGGUUGAGGUAGGGUCUGGUGGGAAUACGGGGAUUUUCGAAGCGGAGGUUGAGGGCGUUAAGGUUGUUGACGGUGUUGUUGGGUUGGUUAUGAGUCGGGGGAAGUAUUAG